AUGCAUGAUCCCGACAGGCUUGGACUCCUAUGGCCACUCGAUGGACCUGGCUGUUUGCUCGUCACGAGUCAAGACCCCUCUUUCGCGAGGAAGUCUGGUUUCUCUACCCAGAAUUCCAUGUUGAUCGAGGGAUUCAAUAACGAAGAGUCUGGACGCAUGCUAGAGCGUCUUACGAGACGAAGCAACGGUGGACGUGUGGUCGCUGAAAGGAUUGGAGGUUUGCCGCUUGCCAUCGCGCAGAUUGCGGCACUCAUCCAUCAGAACAACUGGACAUUCGAAGAAUUUGUGCAAGCCCUGGACACUCCGCGGAACAAAGAUCCAGAGGACGAGACCGCCUCACUAUCGUAUGUGUUUGACCUAGUCCUGUCACGACUACAGUACGCCAAAUCACUUUUGGACGUCCUCUCUCUGCUCGACCCAGAUGGUAUUCCAGAGGCUAUGUUAAAACAAUACUCGAUAGUGGCAAUUGAGGGAUAUCCGACAUCAGACACAGCAUAUGCCAAAGCACGGCGCGAACUUAUUCGAUCUUCGCUAAUCCAGAGAGAUAACUCAUUGAGGAAUGUGAUGAUUCACAGAUUGGUCACAGCUUAUACCCAAUCCAAGAUGAGCGAUGCGCGGUAUAGAGAGGUGUUCAGCGCUGCAACUCGCCUGCUUGCGCAGAUAUGGCCUUUCGAGACCUUGGGAUGGCGUGGCGACAUCUUGAGAUGGCGCAAAUGCGAGCAGCUGUUGCCACAUAUACUGAACCUGAAAAGAAACGAACCUCGGGUUAUUGACAGCGCCAAAGACGAUCUCAGUUAUUGCAUGCUCAUCAAUAACGCUGGGCUAUACUACUGCGAGAUUGGGCAGUUCGCUGAAUCGCAAAUCUUUACAAAACACGCUCAGUCGAUUGCGGAAGCUAUAAGAACGAAUCUGAAGGAAUCUAGCGUCGGCACUGAAAUCUCAGUGAGUCUAUGCGAUGCGGUACUCGCAGAAACGUUCCACAAUCUUGGACGUAUAAGCGCAGAGACAAAUCAGCCUGACGCUACCCUUGCCAAUUUCAGCAGGUACAACGCCAUGUUGCUUGACCAGCCUAAUGGAGGUAUGCAGAUGAAUGCGAACCGUCUUGCCGUAUCUUGGUUUGAACUAGGAAACGCCUUCAUGAUCAACCAGUUGUGGGCGGAAGGAGAACGUUGUUUCGAUCGUGGCAUGAGCAUCGCGCGGCGAAUUGAGAACUUCGCACCAUGGCAUUUUUCACAGUACUAUAUCGUCCUUGGUCUGGUCUAUUGUCUCACAGAUCGUAUUGACCAGGCCACGAAGGUACUUGAGGAAGGCCUGCAACACCGAGAGAGUGUGAGAAGACAGGAUACUGACAGAUCGUUUGUAUCUGGUCUUUUCUGGUACGCGCUUGGUAAUGUUACAGCAUCACAGGGCACCUUCGGUCAAAGCCUUGAUUAUCAUGAGAAGGCGCUCCGUCAAUUCUCAAGGACCAUCGGGGCAGAUCAUCAUCAUACUGGGGACGUUCACGUCAGGAUCGCGGAACACUACUUCAGGUUGAAGGAUUUCACUGUAGCAAAGUAA